AUGGACUUCAUCCUCGAGUCCCGCGUCCCCAAGGGCGGUGGCUCCAGCGGCAGCCGCGGCGGAAGCAGUGGCAGCAAAUCCUCAAAAUCAUCAUCAAAGUCAAAGCCCAGCAAGAACAAGUACAAGGGCGGCCACGUCGGUGCCGCCGGCGGGGGCGGAGGAGGAGGAGGCGGCGGGGGCGGCUUCAGCGCACUUCCUCUCUGGGCCCGGAUCCUGAUCAUCGUCCUGAUUGUAUGGCUCGUCCUGUUCCUGGUCUCUCUCGCAUAUUACACGGUCAAAGAAUUCAAGCGCAAAAAGGAAGGCAAGCCAUUCCGCUUCGGCCACGUCCUCGGCCACGCCCUCCUCGUCUCGACGGGCCUCUGGAUCCCCGUCACGCUCUACAAAAAGUUCAUCUCCCGCCGCAAGAACACGUCCGGAGGAGGCGCCGAUGGCGCUAGGCGCUCCGCCGGCGGCGGCACGUACGCCAAGCUCGAGGAGGGAGGGGAGUCUGGCGACACCGGUAACCGAGACUCUUGGUACGCCGGGGCCGGGGCCGGCACCCACAACAACGCGGAUAGCAAGUACGAGCCCAUGGGCUACGCACCUCAUCGGUUCCAAUCACCCGCUCCUCCCCCGGCUUUCUCGGCCUCGGCCGGCACUGCCCCGACACCCACCGGCGCGGCGGCCGAAUAUUACACGCCGCAACCCCCUUCUCACACGGCGCCGACUCAGCACCCGCCCCAAUACAGCUAA